AUGGAGGAAGGUUACGACAGGUAUUUCGAAGAUCUUGUGAUGUCAUUCAGUCUGCUUCUGGCCACGGUCAUCAUCAUCGGGGCUGUCAACUACUGGCUAUUUAUCGUUAUUGUUCCUCUCACCAUCGCUUUUGUCGUCGCUAGGCGUCGGUUCCACGAGUCGACGCAAGAUGUCGAACAUAUUGAAUUGUCGUCGAAGAGCGCGGUGGGCGCUCACGUCCUCAGCAGCCUGGAGGGCGCCACCUCGCUGCGGGCGUUCGGCGUAGAACAAAGGUUCCUGCACGCUUUUGAUGUGCACCAGGACCGCAGCACUGCAGCCUGCUACCUCCACCUGGCGGCCGACCGAUGGUUCGGGAUGCGCGUUGACCUCAUCGGCUUCGUCCUCGUCUUGGCCACGACACUCGGCUCGGCACUUCAUGGUGCACUAUCAGGAAGGCUCAAGCCACCCGUCACUGCGUUUCAGAUGAGCUCCGUGGACCACUUGCUUCAGUGCUAUCAGCUGUGUCCGGAGCUGGACAUUUCGAGCAGUGAUGGCGAAGUUCGACCAUCUAGCACGUGGCCCCAGUACGGAAUUGUCACGUUCGAGGGUGUAUCGGCGUCCAACACCAGCAAGGGGCCUAGCAUCCUUCGAAACAUGUGGUGCUGCAUCCGGGCACAGGAAAAGAUGGGGGUGAUGUUCAAGUCUGCGGCGGAGCAGCGCCUGUUCCUCUCCGUGUUGAUGCGACUGGUUGAUUACAGCGGCUUUAUCCGCAUUGACGGAAUUGAAAUUCAAAACAUCAGCUUCCAGAAACUUCGCGAGAAGAUCUUCAUCAUCUCUCAUAAUCCACGGCCGUUUCUGGGUACAGUGCGACAGAACCUGGAUCCCGUGUCCCGCUUCACUGACGCCCAGAUAUGGAGGGCCCUGGACGAGGUACAUUUGACAUCCCUGGUCCAGUCACUGCCAGACAAGUUGUACACCGACCUCAGCACAGUGGCCGAAGGACUGUCAACUGGUCAUCGUCAGCUACUGCGUCUGGCGCGAGCUUUGCUUCUGCAUCCCAAGGUGUUGGUAUACGAGGAGCCCUUGUCUAGCCUCGACCUCAUGAGCAAUACUAUCAUCCAGGUGAUACUCAAGACGCGGUUUGAACAAAGCACUGUCAUCCACUUUGCUCAUCUCCCUGACACCAUCAUCGACUGCGACAGGGUGAUGGUGAUUGCAGACGGCAAGAUCCAUGAAGUGGAGUCGCCCCACCUGCUUCUACAGAACCCAGCCAGCAGGUUCUACAGACUGGUAGAAGAGCUGGGACUAACGGAAGUGUCGCGCCUUCGUCAUGUCGCUAAAGAAAAAUACGAGAAUAAGCCCUACGUGGCGCCACCUAUAAACCCCGAGGACUUCGAGAACAGCAUUCCUCCCCGCGGGGACCUGCGGGGGCCGUCAGAGAUCAACGCCCUACCCACCUUCCAUUCCUGUCGACUGGUUGGAGUCUUGAACCAGCUCCCCACCAACAAAUUUUCGACGAACCGCUUGUGA